GGUCGUUGAUGAUGGUCGUUGGGUUCCUGGGAUGCUGUGGAGCGAUUCAGGAGUCACCCUGUAUGCUGGGGCUGGUGAGUUAACCUCUAUUCCUCCUCUCCUCUCCUCUCCUCUCCUCUCCUCUCCUCUCCUCUCCUCUCCUCUCCUCUCCUCUCCUCUCCUCUCCUCUCCUCUCCUCUCCUCUCCUCUCCUCUCCUCUCCUCUCCUCUCCUCUCCUCUCCUCUUUAUCUUUCUCUUUGUAGUCAGUUGGACUGUUAUUGGGGCUGAUAGUCUGAUACUCUGUAACUCUUUGUUUCAGUAUAUCAUCAGUUACAGAACAGAUUAAAGGCCAUAACUCGGUCUCUCUCUUUCUCUCUCUCUCUCGCUAUCUCUAAUAAUCUUUUCCAAAAUCCCUCCUGACCAGGGAGGGGUGGGGAGUGGUUUGUGUCAGGGGGCACACACAGAGAGGUUCAUGUGCGUAUCUCUCUCUUGCAGUUCUUCUUCUCCCUCCUCAUCAUAUUCGCCAUUGAGGUCGCCGCUGGAAUCUGGGGGUUUUCCAACCAAAGCAAGGUGCCAAAACAUGUUACAUCCCCCGUUCUGUGUUACAUUAAAUCCCUUCCCCUGCUCUUCCCUUUGUUACAUUAAAACCCUUUCCCUGUGUUGUGUCACAUUGCAUCCCUUCCUCUACAGGUGGUUGAUGACAUCACUCAGUUCUACUUGGAGACAUAUCAGAACUACCAGAACACUUCACAGGACACACUGAGAGAGACACUCCGUCUCAUACAGACUGGGGUAAUAAUGUAGUUAAUGUGUUUGCUUGUGUGUGUAUUGUCUAGGGGGUUGGGAGCAGAAACAAAUACCUUCCAUAUACAAACAGCUGGACAAAAAAGGUAUCAUUCUAUUCUACCCUGUGUGUGUUACAGUUGGACUGCUGUGGACCGACAGGUUCCGUUGUGGACUUUGCCAAAGACACCUGUCCCCCAAGAGAUGGGCUGGAUAGACUCAUCACCAAGGUAACACCCUGAUCUGUGAUUGUGUUUGUGUUCAGGUGUUCCUCCUUCCACUUUCUAUAAUGUCUACAGCCCCUUGAUGUGUGUGUGUGUAUUGCAGAGCUGUCCUGAUGCUAUAGAUGAAGUGUUUGACUCCAAGCUGCACAUCAUAGCAGGAGUGGGCAUCGCUAUUGGAAUCAUCAUGGUGAGACACACACACACACACAGCGCAACCGAAGACCAUGUUAGCCCACUACGCCCCAUUACUGAUAUAUAGAUAGACAGGACUGACAGACAACUUCCCUACAAUAGAGAACUCUUCAUUGAUUCAGCAUUUCCCAUUCUAUUCCCCAGGUGUUUGGGAUGAUCUUCAGCAUGCUGCUCUGCUGUGCCAUCAGGAAGUCACGGGAGAUCGUC